AAGGAACAUAUCAUAUUCUUGAGGUUUUCCAAUGUGGACAAAAAUUGAAGAACAACAAGUUGAGUCACUCUCUUCCAUGGGGAAAAAGCUGCAUGUCAAAAACUUCAUUUGGUCAAAGGAGGAAUGGCCUGGAAUUAAUCACAAUGACUUUGCAAAAGAGGAGGACAUUCCUGUCAUAAGUCUGCUGGAGGAUCAUGGGGUUACUAUAGAGACAAUAGAGAAUGCAAAAAUGCAAUUGAAUAAGCUUUUUGAUCUUCCCAUGGAGCUGAAGCUGAAGGGCCUUCCUGAUGACUUCUUUACAAAGAAUUUUGAAAAGAAAGAAGCUACAAUAUUUAGGGCUAACAGAUGCCUUCCAUGUCCCCUCCCUGAAAAAUGUCUAGGACUGGGAAGCCAUUCUGACCCUCAUACCUUAACAAUAUUGUUACAAGAUGAUGGUGUUGGUGGUCUCCAGAUUCUGAGGGAUGACAAUCAAUGGGUUGGAAUCCGUCCCGUCCCUAAUUCAUUCAUUGUCAACAUAGGCGACACUCUAGAGAUGACUACCGGAUGUAAACGAGUACUAAUUUGUUUUGUAGGCAUGGACUACUGGGCUAUUGAACAGUGUGGUACACAUAGCAGUGCUGAACAAAGGGAAGCAAAGGCAAUCCGUAGCAUAUUUCCUCAGCCCAACAAGUACUGCCAUUAUAGACUCUCCUCCACAAUUGGUUGAUCCAAUCCACAAUGCUCCU